CAGCAGUAGCAAUGUCCACCCGUACGAAGCGCAUUAAGAAAACGUCAUGGGGUGCAAGGGAGCGAGCGGGCAUGAGCUUCCUGAUUGUCGUAGCGUUCUUCGCCGUUUUCGGGCUCAUCAUUCUGACGGAGGUGCUGAUGAUAGACGAUCGGGGCCGGGCGGGUAGCAUCAUCGUACGACACGGCAGCAACGGAGGUCGGUUCGGUGAAUCCGUACCGGACUAUGAUGAUGUGAAGGAUGACUAUCUCGACGAUACAGGGAUCUUCGUGCGGGAGACCAAGUAUGGUGGCACUGCAGUGAAAAACAUUUUGAAGAAUCAAAAAGAUCUGAAAAACUCUAUCGGCAUAUCCGUGCUAACAGAUUCGACCGAGCCGCGGAACCCGCCUAUUGUGCCUUGGGGCCAGAUGUUGCCGUCAAAGAUCGAACAAACGUUGCCCCGCUUUCCGGCCGACAUGAAGCCAACGGAUGGCUCGUGGGAGAUAGUGAAUGGUACCAGGUACAAGUUUUUCGUGUUUUCCGCCUUCUACGAUCGUCGCGAUGGUAAGCUGGUGCGUGUUAUCGGAGCCACCAAAACGCGUGGCCCGGAAAAAGUGUGGUGUCGGUUUUGGUACCAAACAGGGGUGAACAGCACAAAAUAUCGAUCGGCAUCGGUGAUGGCUCGGGUGAAGAUCAUCCGUGAGAACUGGAAUCUUAAAUAUAGCGCCUGUUUUAUCCUGUGUCCCAUAAGGGGACCGUACCCCGAAAUUCCACACGCUGUUAGUGUGGUUAGCAAGAUAAGAGCGGCACCGGGGAAUGUGCUCAUGUUACGGAAUACUGACAACGAUCCUGAUUUUACGAAUCGAACGUUUAGCAACAUACCAAAUAGCAUCGGGGUGUGUGUGAAGCCGUUACACUUUAACUACGAUCAGGCGCUAUAUUUGUUAGAGUUUCUCGAGCUCAACAACUUACUAGGCGUAAGUCAUUUCACUUUCUACAACCAUACGAUCGGACCGAAAGCGUCCUGUGUGCUUCAACACUACGUAAAUGGCGAUCUGCCACAGUAUAUCGCACCGUAUGAAGACGCGCACCCGCCAAAGGCACCGAACAGCUCAUCGGUCGAUACGACCGAUGCACCCUAUCACAUGCCUACCAAAUACAAUGAAGACAAUACUGCACAAUUAAAGCCAAAAAUCAGUGUAAAUAUUUUGCCAUGGAAUUUAAGAAUGCGCUCACAAAAGGAGAUACGUACCGAGGGGCUGUUUGCCUCGCUCAACGACUGUUUGUAUCGCAGUAUGUACAGAUACUCACAUGUUGCUUUGAUUGACUUGGAUGAGUUUAUCAUACCCCACCACAAUGACACUUUGAUCGAUCUCAUCACAUGGUUGUCGAAGCGCAUCAACAACCGCAACACUGGAGCGUACUCAUUCCAGAAUGCAUUUUUCUAUCUGCAAUUCGCUGACGAUGCCCUCAUGUACACGGGAUCGGAAACGCAGGCCAAUCUACGGGCGGCACUUACUACACAGCGCAAAACACGUCGAAGAUCGAAGCUUCAUCCACAGAAGCAGCGGUCGAAAUACAUCUGCAAACCGGAAGCUGUCAUCGAGGCAGGCAAUCACUUCGUUUGGGAGUUCUGUCCCGGUCGGGGUUCUUUAAACGUACCGGCAGAUGCAGCCAUCUUGCAUCAUUAUCGGGUAUGCGAAUUCGGUGGGGACGAUUGUAUCAAGACACCAUCGCUAGUAGAUCGCACAGCACACCGCUAUUCGAAGCGCUUGGUGGACCGUGUCGGUACGGUGUACAACUAUUUGAAAGAAACUUGCAGCCUGCCCGACAUCCCGAGGGCACCCACGAAGCCUCCACCAACGCGCAAGAAAGAACUCAAAAUACGAAUCCCGCUGAAUCCGGAAGGUGAUAAGAAAGUUACUGAAACGAACAAACCCCAACCGAAUGCGGGCGGCGAUGCAUCGCAAAGACCUUCGACGGCUCCGGUGGAAGUAAUUCUCAAGACACGUUGAUGACGGACUCGUGCUUGGCACGAGAGAAAUCGCCAUUCAUCUGUUU